AUGAGAAUUACAGGCACCUUCCUUCCUGCCACCUUCCUGCUUCCCACAGGUUUCAAUGCGUUCCAAGUAGAAGUAGAAUCUCUCACCCUCUUCACUCAUCCUCCGAAACGUGAUCAACCAAACCUCCUUAACACCCGUCUGCUUCACCCCGGAAACCAGCUGCACCGUCGGAGGAAACCCUGUUUAAUAACUGACAACCAGCAGGCGCCCGGCUACAAGGAGUCGAGGUCAACCAGCAGGCGCCCGGCACAAGGAGUCGAGGUCAACCAGCAGGCGCCAGCUGCACAAGGAGUCGAGGUCAACCAGCAGGCGCCCGCCAGGAGUCGAAACCAGCAGGCGAGUCGAGGUCAACCAGCAGGCGCCCGGCACAAGGAGUCGAGGUCAACCAGCAGGCGCCCGGCACAAGGAGUCGAGGUCAACCAGCAGGCGCCCGGCCACAAGGAGUCGAGGUCAACCAGCAGGCGCCCGGCCACAAGGAGUCGAGGUCAACCAGCAGGCGCCCGCCACAAGGAGUCGAGGUCAACCAGCAGGCGCCCGCCACAAGGAGUCGAGGUCAACCAGCAGGCGCCCGGCCCGCCACAAGGAGUCGAGGUCAACCAGCAGGCGCCCCCGCCACAAGGAGUCGAGGUCAACCAGCAGGCCCCCCCGCCACAAGGAGUCGAGGUCAGUCCAGCAGGCGCCCGGCCCGGCCACAAGGAGUCUCCCCCGGCACAAGGCCAAAGCAGGCGCCCCCACAAGGCCAAAGCCCUCGAGAGAGAGACUGGGUUCAGCUCUCCACCUCAGAGACUGGGUUCAGCUCUCCACCUCAGAGAGAGACUGGGUUCAGCUCCCCACCUCAGAGACUGGGUUCAGCUCCCCACCUCAGAGAGACUGGGUUCAUCCCCCACCUCAGAGAGACUGGGUUCAGCCCCUCACCUCAGAGACUGGGUUCAUCCCCCCACCUCAGAGAGACUGGGUUCAGCUCCCCACCUCAGAGAGACUGGGUUCAGCUCCCCACCUCAGAGACUGGGUUCAUCCCCCCCUCAGAGAGAGACUGGGUUCAUCCCCACCUCAGAGAGACUGGGUUCAUCCCCCCACCUCAGAGAGACUGGGUUCAGCCCCCACCUCAGAGAGACUGGGUUCAGCCCCCACCUCAGAGAGACUGGGUUCAGCCCCCACCUCAGAGAGACUGGGUUCAGCUCCCCACCUCAGAGACUGGGUUCAGCUCCCCACCUCAGAGAGACUGGGUUCAGCUCCCACCUCAGAGACUGGGUUCAGCUCCCCACCUCAGAGAGACUGGGUUCAGCUCCCCACCUCAGAGACUGGGUUCAGCUCCCCACCUCAGAGAGACUGGGUUCAGCUCCCCACCUCAGAGAGACUGGGUUCAGCUCCCCACCUCAGAGAGACUGGGUUCAGCUCCCCACCUCAGAGAGACUGGGUUCAGCCCCCACCUCAGAGAGACUGGGUUCAGCUCCCCACCCCAGAGAGAGACUGGGUUCAGCUCCCCACCUCAGAGAGACUGGGUUCAGCCCCUCACCCCAGAGAGAGACUGGGUUCAGCUCCCCACCUCAGAGAGACUGGGUUCAUCUCCCCACCUCAGAGAGACUGGGUUCAGCUCCCCACCUCAGAGAGACUGGGUUCAGCCCCCACCUCAGAGAGACCGGGUUCAGCUCCCCACCUCAGAGAGACUGGGUUCAGCUCCCCACCUCAGAGAGACUGGGCUCAGCCCCCACCUCAGAGAGACCGGGUUCAGCUCCCCACCUCAGAGAGACUGGGUUCAGCCCCCACCUCAGAGAGACUGGGUUCAGCUCCCCACCUCAGAGAGUCUGGGUUCAGCUCCCCACCUCAGAGAGACUGGGCUCAGCCCCCACCUCAGAGAGACCAGGUUCAGCUCCGAAUCCAGGGCCUGGAUUCAGAACUGCAGCAGGAACCUACAGUCGGAGUCGUUGGUCUGAACGUAUGCUUUAUACUUACUAG